UCUAUGUUUAUAUAAACCCCAAAGAAUAAUCCUAAACUAAUAAGAAAGCUUGUGAUAAUUUCAGUGUUCUGAGUCAUCUCCAAUCUCUGAUAUAUUUCUCAUGUCUCAUCAGGCAGUAGAGCUAUUAUCUGUUUCUCCCAAAUCCAAAGGAGGAAAAUCAGAUAAGAAAGAAUUGACUGCAUUGGAGAAACAUGUGUCCUUCUUCGACAGGAACAAAGACGGCACCGUUUAUCCAUGGGAAACCUACCAAGGAUUUAGAGCGCUUGGGACAGGGCGUCUUUUGGCGGCUUUUGUUGCUAUCUUCAUCAACAUGGGACUCAGCCAAAAAACUCGUCCGGGAAAGAGAUUUUCGCCGUUGUUUCCAAUAGACGUGAAGAAUAGUCACCUUUGCAUGCACGGUAGUGACACCGACGUCUACGACGAUGACGGAAGAUUUGUGGAAUCAAAAUUCGAGGAGAUAUUCAAGAAGCAUGCUCGCACACAUAAAGGUGCUCUCACUGCAGAGGAAAUUCAAAAAAUGCUUAAGACUAACAGGGAUCCUUUCGAUAUCACAGGAUGGCUUUCAGAUUAUGGAGAAUGGAAAAUAUUACAUAACUUAGCCAAAGACAAAAAUGGUUUGUUGUCAAAAGAUAGCGUCAGGGACAUCUACGAUGGUAGCCUUUUCGAAAAACUGGAGAAAAAAAAUUCAUCUUCUUCUCGUGGCAAGAAACAAAAACUACCUUAAAUGUUUACGUGAAUCUUCUUAUAUUAUUAUGGGGGAGAUCAAAUAAAUUUCCUGGUUUAUAAUUAUAUAAUUUGGAAACCAAAUAACCUUUGUAAUGAAUAUUUAUGUAACUUGGAGAUCCAGAACUAUUUAUAUAAUUAUUGUGUAUAUUGACAAAAAAACACUUAUUAAA